CGGAGGGGGAGACGGUCCCAAGAUGGCGGCGCUGCAGGCGGAGCGCGGGUACGGGCUGUCCUGCGGCCGCCUCGGCCGCGGCACCCGCGUCUCCGUCUUCCACGUCAAGCUCACGGAGAGCGCCCUGCGCGCCUUCGAGAGCUACCAGGCUUGUAAGGAUGCUGUGACGUCAAAACCAGUCAUCCAGUUUCAAGGAAACCAAGGGCACAUCGCGAUCCCGAGGCCCGACCGGCCGACGGAAGUGAGGACCUUCACGUUUUACCUUUCAAAUAUUGGCAAGGACAGCCCCCAGGGGAGCUUUGACUGCAUCCAGCAGUAUGUAUCCAGCAAUGGCAAUAUCCACCUGGAUUGCCUUGGGAGCAUACAGGACAAAAUCACCGUGUGUGCUACUGAUGAUUCCUACCAGAAGGCGAGGCAGAGCAUGGCCCAGGCCGAGGAGGAGACGCGCAGCCGGAGCGCCAUCGUCAUCAAACCUGGGGGGAGAUACGUAGGCAAAAAGGUCCAGGUGCGUAAACCUGCACCAGGAGCUUCCGAUGCUGUUCCCUCCAGGAAGCGCCCAACGCCAGUCAACCUUGCCAGUGCAAUAAAGAGAGGCAAUAGUGCCAUUUCUCAGAGACCCUUCAAAGAUAGGGUUGUGCACUUACUGGCACUAAAGCCUUAUAAGAAACCUGAACUUAUUCUCAGAUUGCAGAAGGAUGGACUUUCUCAGCAGGACAAGGAUUUGCUGGAUAACCUUCUGCAACAGGUGGCAAAUUUGAGUGCCAAGGACAGCACUUUCACACUGAAGGAUUGUGUAUACAAAGAAGUGCAGAAGGACUGGCCUGGCUACUCAGAAGGAGAUCAGCAGUUGCUGAAGAGGAUCCUGGUUAGGAAGCUCUGCCAGCCCCAGAACAGCAGCGGUUUUCAAGGAGAAGCACCUUCCCUGAGCCCUCCAAAGGACACCGUGAACUCCAGCUCUCCCCCUCAGAAACGAUCCCAGCCUCUGGAGUUCAUCGACCCCCUGGCCAACAAAAAGCCCAGGAUCUCGCAUUUGGCUCACAGAACCCAACCCACCUUCAACGGGAAGCUGAGCUCCUCCAACGGGAAGGACGCCCCCGUUCCCCCCCCUCCUCCCGCCCUGCCGCCGGCGCUCCCGGAGUCGGGAAGCUCCUCCAGCUCCAACCUCCCGGUGCUGGAGCUGCCCCGGCCCCACGACCCCCUCUCGGAUGUGAGCAAUGACCCGGCUCACAACGGCAGAGACUGUGAGAGCAGCGAGGCCACGGACAGGCUGAGCCACCCCCCGCCCACAGACUGUCCCCAGACCAGCAAACACAACUGCGGCUCCUACGUCAAAUCCAAGAAAAAAUCCAAAAAGCACAAAGACAAGGAGAAGGAGAGGAAGGAGAAGAAGGGCGAGGAGAAGUGCAAAGAGGAGAAGCAGAACUGUGAAGUAAUAAAAAACGCUGACUUAGGUAGUGUUCCCCAGGAACAGGUCACAGGUUUAAAUGGAACAUGCAAUAAUUCUAGUGUACCAACAUCAACUUCAGAAAUGCCAGAUUAUUUAUUAAAAUACGCGGCCAUUUCCUCCUCGGAGCAGCGUCAGAGCUACAAGAACGACUUCAACGCGGAAUACAACGAGUACAGGGACUUGCACGCCCGGAUAGAGCGGAUAACCCGGCGCUUCACGCAGCUGGACGCCAAGCUCAAGCAGCUUUUGCAGGGCUCUGAAGAGUAUAAGACCAUCCAUGAUCAAAUUUUACAGGAAUAUCGGAAAAUUAAAAAGACUAACCCCAACUACAGCCAAGAGAAGAACCGCUGCGAAUACCUCCACAACAAACUGGCUCACAUCAAAAAACUCAUAGCAGAGUAUGACCAGCAGCAGUUUUAGCUGCCACUCCCCCCUCUUUCCCCCCCGGACUGGGUAGGGCAAAACAAAAAAAAAAA